CGCAAAAUAAAAAAGGACACGGAAAGACGUUAGAUUUCAAAUAAUCGCAUCCGCCAGUCUUCUUGUGUCUGGUGUUGUUUGCAUCAAAAUUAUUGUUGCGUGCAUGCGAAAGAACUCUUCUGCCCAGGCUUAAAGGGUGAUCAAGAUUUUGCAGUCAGAGAAAGCAAGCCUGGGUGAAGGUCCCAGACCCUCAGUAAGGCUUAAAUAACAUUGUGAUGGAGGUAGAACAGAAGGAUGAUUCUAGCAACACUCUGGCCAAUGGAAGUGCCCUUUCAGGCAAACGUGGCAGGGGCAGACCACGAGGCUCAGUUAAGAAAAAAAUUAUCUCUGUGAAAGAAUUAUCUCACAAUGCUAGGGCAUCCAAAAGAGUGGAUUUCUUUUCACCCGAGCUGGUGAUAAGGCCAAAAGUCAAGAAGCGUGGACGUCCGAAAAAGAUAAAAAUCCCAGGAAGACCAAGAAAGAUUCCCCUUACACCAGAGGAAGAAGCAGAGAGAAUUUUAAUGUUGAGCAAGAAACGGAAACUCUGGAAGCCUCUUGGGAGACCCCGCAUCCAUCCCCUUGCAGACAUGCCGAAGGAGAAAAGGGGAAGAGGUAGACCACGCAAAUAUGAAACCAUGGCUUCACAAAAUGGCAGAGUUGACAGGACUCUGAAAAGUAUAAAGAUCUCUGAAGUUGGUGGAGACAUUCCUCGAAGAAGAGGAAGGCCAAGAGGGUCGUUUAAGAAGAAACGGGGACGGCCAGCAGGUCCAUCUCCGGUGAAAAGGCCGUUAGGAGGGACUCCAGGAAAAAGGGGGCGACCUCCAGGAUCUGGAACCAAGCUACAGGUCAAGCAGGAUGCCAAUGGAACUCCUCGAAAGAGGGGCAGACCCCCAGGCUCUGGAAGAAAGCUAAAGGUUAUUUCAGGUGAAACAAAUGGAACUCCUAAAAAGAGAGGACGCCCUCCAGGAUCUGGUACGAAGGUAAAGGUCGCAAAGCUCGUGACAGAUGGAAUUCCCAGAAAGAGGGGACGUCCUCCAGGUUCUGGGAACAAGGUCAAAGGUCUACUACAGGAGACGAAUGGAAGCCCUCGGAAGAGAGGCCGACCACCAGGAUCAGGAAAAGUCAAGACAAUUACCGUGGAGGCUGAACAUGUUAUCACUUACAGUGAUGGACAACAGGCCUUCUCUGUUGAUGCCCAGCCUCGUAAGAGGGGCCGUCCUAAAAAGGUUGAAACCUUUCCAGCCGUUGAAGCAGAAGAAGGAAAGCGCAAGGAAAAUGACGCACCCUCGGCCAAACGACCCCGUUACUUGUUUGCCUCAACCAAGAAUUCAAGCAAGCCAGCCGCUGAAGACCAAAAGGCCAGUGAGAAUGAUGGUUGCCAUGUGGCCAAAACAGUAGGAAAUCCUGUUCUGUCUGCUGGAGGUGCUGCAAAACCGGACAAUAUAGAGCAGGUUGGUGAGAACGAGCUAAACGAUGCUUCGGUUGAGGAGGUUCAUGAGAGUAACAGUAGAGUUAAGAGUUCAUCCUCAAGGGUAGCAGGUAAAUCCCAAAAAAAGAAGUAAAUCAUUGGGUAGAAUAGAGCAUAAAUAUUUUUGAAUGGGUUUUUACCAGAUUUCAUACAAAUUGUUUGACUUGUCCCGAAGGUUAACAAUGCAGUCUCAAUCUUUGUUUGUUUGUUUUUUCUGUUGCUCAGCUCUUGUGCUUUUGCAUGUCUUUUAAAUAAAUGUUUAUUUUGAUACUCUAUGGUACACCGCCUUCAUAUAAAUCCCCAGCGAAACGGACAUUUACAAAUGCGGAUGUUCAGUUGCAUUCAGAGACACAAUGGGAGUCUGAUUUUUAGGCAAGUUAAAGAAUGUGCCUACAGUCUGUCUGCAUGACUAGCUGUCUGAACAAGUCUUAGUACACUGAGCAUUUUUAUUAUUUAUACAAUUUUAUUCGGUGUGGAAAUAAGCUAUUUCAGGAUUAUUCAGUAAUUCUGCUAAAUUUUUAGAUCAAGAUCAAAUGGAACAUGAACUACAUCUUAAGCUAGUCUGUAUUGGUGUAUGUUGAAAUCAGUUGUGCUUGGGGGGAAAAAGCCUGAAAUUUUCACUAGUUUAAUGGUCCCAUCACUGGACAGCAAAACAUCAGACUAUUCUAGCAAGACAUCACUGCAUCCUGAGCCUGUGCCGCCAUCCAUGUUAUCUGCUCAACAGGUCUUAAGUGUCAUGUGUAACCAUGGGUCCUUGACUUUUUAUAUACAUUUGAAAAAAAAAAAAGAGAAGCAGAAAUUAUGGUAAGUUGUUUUGCAUGAAACUCAUGGUAAUAUACUGGUUAAAAUAAAAAGACCCUGGAAUUUCUUGCAAAACUCGAGAAGCAUUUGAGACACGAUGCGCAUCUUCACACCAGCUGUAGACUGAAGAACAUUGAAGGAGGGCUGGGCGAUAUGACAGAAAUAUCAUAUCAUAUGAUACUUGAGGACAUUUCUGCGAUACACGAUGUAUAUCACGAUACAUAAUUUAGCUAACAAACUGUCUGCAAAACAAUAGUAAAAUAAACAAUAUACGGUUAAUCUGAGUUUGAUCACUUUCUUUAAUGCCUACAAAGACAAAAGAUUAACUAAAUAAAAAAUCAAAUCAAUGGGAUCCAUUCAGUACCAUUUAAUUUGUAAUAAUUAUUAAAAACGUUUAAAAAAAAAAAAAAAAAAAAUACACCACCAUACCAACGAUAUCUCGGAAAAAUGUAUCACGUAUAAUAUCAUUUAUCAUGAUAUUGAUAUAUCGCCCAGUCCGAAUUUGAAAUCAGGCAGCUGAUUUUAUCUUUUCGGGGUUGUGUUCCCUGUGAUCAGUAAGCAGUUUUAAAAUAUCAAAAAAGAAUUUAAAAAAUCACGACAUGGUGACUGACAGUCGAUUGAAUUUCAGCUCUUUUAAUAAUGUAUUAAGAACAUUUGGAAAUGUAACACUGCUCCAGCUUCACUCUAUAUAUUUUUAAUCAAGAGUCUGGACAAUGUUUCCAUAAAACUUGGAGUACAGUAUAGAAAAUGUGGAAUAAUGCAGAAUAUGUAUCAUAGCAUACACACACACAAAGCGUAGUUAUGCUUUGUAUUAAGAACAUCACCUACUGCUUUAAAAAAAUCGGCUUCACAAUAUUAAAAAUCGUUUUUUGCGAAACUGAGCGUCUAAUGAUGAUUUCCCAUACCCCCCCUUAUCAUGUGACAUGUACAGUUGAAUUCAGAGUUGGUGUUACGAUUGCUUACAUUUACUCAUUUAUGUGUAAAACGUAUUCUCUCUUCUUUUUUUUUUUUUUUUUUUUUUUUUUUUUUAAAGAAAAGAAUUUCCGUUUGUUUAUAAAGUAACAUCGUAAUUAUUCCUGUUAUAAAGCAGGAGUUAAAUGUCCGUGUGAUGUUUCUAAUCAUGAUUGUGAAGACAUUUUUAAAGAGAAAAUUCCACUUGAUUGUUUUUCAGGGCAUAAACUAAAGGACAUUUACGCUACAGAAAGCUAUAGUUAGAAAUUCGUAGAAUUUAAUUUUAUAGCAGUUUGAAUGAGACCAGACACACUUUUUUAAAAAAACGACUAAUCAUGUGAACAGUAGUAUUUAUAUGUAAAUCUAGUUGUUUAGGUUGCUGGUGUUCUGGUUGUAUUUGUCAGAUUGUACUUGUUUGACACUUCUGUCCAAAUUCUUCAGAUUUUAUGUGAAUUUCUAAAAAUGCAGCUACACAAAGAAUUGUUUCAAUUAGCUAUGGUUAUGUGUUUAUGUACUGCGUUACAAGUUUGUUUAAAAAAAAAAAGUUCCAUACUUACUACAUAAAUUUUCUCAACAUGAAAAAAAAAAAAAGUUUUUAUUGCAAUUUCUCCUGAUUGGUGUAUAAACAUCAAAGUUCAGAAAAAUUUUCAAUCUUCCUGUGAUAUUUUUGUGGCAUUUCUGUUCAGACUUAACUGUCUAAAAACUCUGGAUGGAAGCUUAAGAAAAAAAGUUCUCUGUCCUCCCCAUUUAAAUUUAUUUAAUUUAUUAUUUUUUUUAAAUCAUCACUGUUCAUAAAGCCCUGAUUUGUGGUAUUUGAAUUUACUAAAGCAACAGUGUCAUUACAUUCUCAGUGCUGAAGCAGAGUCUGUCUUUAUCCCUUUAGUGGUUAAAAUGCUUCAUAACAUCAGAAAAAGAGAAUGAUGCCCUUUGCCCUUUCAAGAAAUGUGGCACCGUUGUAUGAUUUUAGGAGGGGGGUUGGUCCCCUAGGCUAGCAUGAAAUAAAAACUACCUGUCCCAGGGCAACCUUUGGGCUACCUAAGUGUUAUACAUAAACGUUGUAACUGCAAAUGUGGGAUAGCCUACAUGUGGUGUUUUCCAGUCUGCAGCUUGCGCUUGUGGAAUUUGCUGUUGUUAAUUUAGUUUAAGUAGAUGGCUAAGUAAUGCCUUAUUUGACAGUAGAUGUGUACAUCCCUGGUAGAACGUGUAUAAACAGCAACUUCUUUUCCCCCCUAAAAUGACUGAUCCUAACCAUUUUACUUGGAUAGAUGUAUUAGCUUACAGCAUAGGCUUGUUUUCUACUAUAGUAACUUCUUUGAUGUUUGAUUUAUACAUUAAUCUGUACUCUUAACAAUUAGAAGCUGUUUAAUGUGAGCACUUGUAUUUGAUUUUUUUUUCUUUAAUAAAAUGAUUUCUUCAACAAUA